CAGGUUUAUUUUGCGAAAAAUAAUCUUGCACCGCGUGUCAUCAUCCAUGUGGACACCUCGGUGAAGCUGUGGGCAUAUUUUGAUGUAUAUGGAACUACCCAAAGAAUACGCCUUUUAGGUAGUGUCAAGGUUCGAUCAACUUCACAAGUAACACAGCGCGCUCCUCCGCUUCCUGCUAGCUCAAGGAAUUCACGCAGCCAGCUUGAUUUGUGUUCUGAAACAAGAGCAGGCUCUGCUAAUGAACUGACUGCUUGGCCAUCAACGAGCACCCACCCAGUCCAGCCCACAAAUCCAGAGGAUCCGUCUCCGUUUUUAACACGACGAACACAGUCAGUAACUGGUGAAAACUUCAGUGGAGUGAUUCUGCGUGCGCCGUCUUCUGCACAAGCAGAAAGGAGCGCACAUUCGGCAACGUUGAGGUGCCCGAGACCUAUAUUCACUACGAGUAAUGAGAAUUUGAUCGACUUUUUGGAGAAUUUGGACAGUUUGCAUGGGCGACACAGUAGUGAAACCAACGUAUCUUCUCAUCGUCCGCAUUUCCCGCCUCCUCCAGUGCCAGCCAGGACCUCACCGGUGCGAGUUUUAUCAGCGAGGCCGCCGUUGCAUCCUCCUCCUCGUCCGCCACCACCAGCACAAAUUCCGACAAAUCAGCAACGAAAGCAGCGCUCCAGUAAUGAUGAUGGUGAAUUAGGAGAUGAAUGCACAGUAGUGGUUGGUGAAUGCCCAUAUGCAGCUCCAGGAGCACGAUUUGGGGACAGGGUAGAGGAUGGGAACAAGAGUGCUAGUCAGGAGUUCGAGACGAUAAGUGGUGACAGUGGUGGGGGAGUGGCGGGUGAUGGGCGCUCAGAUGCCGCUCUGGAGACCUGUGAAUAA